AUGACGCGAGAAAUCACAAUUACCGCCUUUGAAACCCGUGAUGUGCGGUUUCCCACAUCGCUGGACAGGACCGGCUCCGAUGCCAUGAACGCCGCUUGUAAUUAUUCGUCCGCCUACUGUAUCUUGCAGACCGACUCGCAAUACUCUGGCCAUGGCAUGACCUUCACAAUUGGACGCGGAAACGACAUUGUCUGUGCAGCCAUCGUCCACGUCGCUGAGCGUCUAAAGGGCAAAACGCUGUCGUCUCUCGUGGCCAACUGGGGAGCCACCUGGCGUUACCUGGUGUCUGACAGCCAACUGCGCUGGAUCGGACCUGAAAAGGGUGUCAUUCACCUUGCACUUGGCGCCGUCGUGAAUGCCCUUUGGGACCUUUGGGGGAAAGUGCUCGGAAAGCCCGUCUGGAGAAUCGUUGCCGACAUGACGCCCGAGCAAUACGUCGAGUGCAUCGACUUUCGCUACAUUACCGACGCCAUCACCCCGGAAGAAGCUCUUGCCAUGCUGAAGCAAGAGCAAGGCGGAAAGGCGAACCGCAUCCGGGAAGCUCUCAACAGCAAGGCCGUGCCCGCCUACACCACCAGCGCAGGCUGGCUGGGUUACAGCGAAGAAAAGAUGAAGACCCUCCUAAGGGAGACGCUUGCGCAAGGUUACAAGCACUUCAAGCUCAAGGUCGGCGGUAGCGUGGAGGAAGAUAAGCGCCGCUUAACCAUUGCCCGGGACGUCCUCGGCUACGACAAAGGCAAUAUUCUCAUGGUCGACGCGAAUCAGAUCUGGUCUGUCCCCGACGCCAUCGACCACAUGAAGCAGCUUGCCGACUUCAAGCCAUGGUUCAUCGAAGAGCCCACGUCCCCCGACGACAUCAUCGGCCACAAGGCUGUUCGCGAAGCCCUCAAACCAUAUGGUAUUGGCGUUGCUACUGGCGAGAUGGUCCAAAACCGUGUCAUUUUCAAGCAGAUGCUCAUGAAUGACGCCAUCGAUGUCUGUCAGAUCGAUGCCUGCCGUCUCGGUGGCGUCAACGAGGUCAUGGCUGUGUUGCUCAUGGCCAAGAAGUAUGGGGUGCCGGUUGUUCCUCAUUCAGGAGGAGUUGGCCUUCCAGAGUACACACAGCACCGAAGCACAAUUGACUAUGUAGUCGUGAGCGGGAAGCUUUCCGUGCUCGAGUAUGUCGACCAUUUGCAUGAACAUUUCUUGCACCCGUCUGUCAUCAAGGCCGGCUACUACCAGACGCCCAUGGAGCCUGGGUACAGUGUGGAGAUGAAGAGGACGAGUAUGGAUAAGUUUGCGUAUCCAGGGGAGAAGGGAGUCAGUUGGUGGACGACUGAGGAGGCAAAAUCGAUUUUGGAGGGCGAGAAGAUCUGA